UCAGCUAUUUUGCAGGGUUGUGGGGCGCAAACGAUUGUUUUUGUCCUCGCCGUCCUGUCAUCAGCUGUAAUAUAUCCUGCACUUGGGAAGUAUCAAGAACAUGCGAUCACACUAUUUACGGCACUGGGGGCUGCCUGCCUUGCAGGGGACGCCAUCUUUCAUUUGAUUCCGCACGUAAGUACGGUCGGAAGCAGCUCUCCAAAAGCGAAGAGAUAACGAGUUGCAGAAUUUACGGUAUUUUGUUUGUUUAAUUGUACAAAAAGCUACAUGCUUUGUUUUGCGGGCUAUAUGCGAGAAACUAUAAGAUUUGAACAUGAGCCAUUAAUCGGGUUGCCCUCGAGAUUUACGAGCUUGUGUUCUGUCGAACAUAAUAACUAGUUAUUAUUUUCCUUACAGGCGUUGAAUUCUGACUUUCACCACGAACAUGGCGGUAUUACUCCAGACGAUCACGUGAUUUUGUGGCGAUGUCUCCUGAUGGCUUGCAGCAUUUAUUUCUUCUAUCUAUUUCAUAUUUACUUCCAUUCCCAAGAGGUAAAAGGCAAACUAGAUCUACAAAAUCGUACAAUUGUGCUUUUUCAAAGUAUUCCAAGAGGUUAUAUUUCAAGAGUAGCCUGAGUCUGAUAUAAUUUUAUGGAACUACUAAGGUCUACUAUUAAAGGCAACAUCUUUGAACGUCUUAGGGCCUAUUUAUGUGACGUAAGCCAGCCCGCUUUAAUUUGCGUUGUGUUAAUAUGAGACGGCGGGCUGGCGGUGGCCCGCUAGCCGAGAUCUCGGCUUGAGCAACUGGGAUCUCGCCAAGCUGGCCAGCCCGCCUGCUCAUAUAAACACAACGAAGAUUUUAAGAGGAAACAAGGAAUGAGCUAAGCCAGACUGGUAACGCGGGCCAGCCUGGCCACAGGUAGCCAAAGCUCGAAUUGUGAGCAUCGGCGAGCAUCGGGAUUGUUGCGUAACAUUACCUGUGGCCUGGCUGACCGGGAUUGCUCACAGGGCUUUAGUUUCAUCGUAACUCGAGAGAGGAGUUUUAUUCUGUUUGGAGCUUAUGAAUUGGAGAUUGUAUCUCUUCAUUGCAGAGCAUGGAGCUUUUCGUUCUUCUACACGCGCAGAGGGAGGUUCUGGUUCUACAUUUGAAUCAAUAGAUACUCUUAUAAAACUCUAUCGAAUAUUCCCCUUGGAAUAUCAGUUAGAUAAAUGCCUUAGACGGUGAAAGGUGCAAUUGGGUCUAGCUUUAGACAGGCUCCCGGUUGGAGCGGGGCGAAAAAGGAAAUCUCACCUUGGGGAGAAACAAGGCAAGGCCAAGCUUAGCUCGCUUCGCUAGCCGAUUUUCCUAUUCACCCCUCUCCCCUUGGGAGCCUGUCCCCUAAAUUGGGCCAGUUUUUGAGAUAAUUCUUGUGCCGCGUUCUGUGUUUUCAGGGUGGCCAUUCUCACUGGCAUGCCAUAUCAAACGGUGACAACCAUGAGAAUUUGGAGUUGUUACAACACGAUACCGAAAUGUCACUCUUAAACUGUGAUACGGUAAAGGAAUCUAAGCAGCCUCGGUCUCAUGAAAAGAAGGCCCUUCUAUGGAUGUUGAUGUUUGGUGAGAUGUUACAUACAGCAAGCGACGGACUGGCUAUAGGGGCAGCCUUCUCCAAUGCAGCGGCAGAUGGUCUCAGCACCUCACUUGCCGUUUUGUUUCAUGAAAUCCCAAAUGUAACCGGUAGGGAAAUAAUUCACCAUGGGUAAUAAAAUGUGUUUAUCUAUGCACGUAAGAAAUUCAAGUUGUGACAAAAUCGUCGGUCUGCCCGUUCGUACGUUCCCCUUCGUCUUAGCGGAUGCGAAAUGUCACACUUACCAGCUUGGAGUUCAAGGCAUAAAUGUAUAAAAUCUGUGUUUAUCUUGAGAUUGGACAUCUAUGGUAUGGUCAAUUGACAGCUGUCAAAUCCGCUGACUAGUGUCACAUAUGAGAGAAUGAUCUCAUUCUCUCUUGUGUCACAUAAAUGUAUGCUCAGGUGUUCAAUUCAUUGAGGAAACCGGUUGUUUUAAGUUUUUCACUGACCAGUUAUUGGUUUACAAUUGAUCGUUGGCUCGGCUCCAUCUUUUUAGGAGGGAUUCAGUUUGCUUCUUGCCUAUGAUGAAAGUUGAAUUACUUCAGAGAGACACUUCUCUAAAGAUUCCGCGAAAGCUUGGCUUUUAAUUUGGCCUUGGCUAAAUCUAUAUAUUACGCCUUUCAGACCACGGGAAGUCCAUUGUAGCUCAGUCGGUACAGCGCUCAACUGCAGAGGGGAAGGUCGCGGGUUCGAAUUUCAAGCUGAACUCGAAGACAAAGUUGAAUGACUCUCCGAUGAAAAGUUAAAAAAUAUCUUCGCUUAAAACAAUUCGCCAUUGCAGUUCAGCUCUUGCGAGAAAGCAAGCAAGAAAGUUUCAUGUAGUAAUGAGAAUUUGAUGUUCAUUUCAGGUGCUUUCGCCAUCUUUGUUUCAUCUGGGGCCUCUUUCCGUAAAGCUCUUUGCCUUUUAUCAACAUGUUACUUGUUUUCCUACGUGGGGGUGGUCGUUGGUGCCAUAUUAGGUACCAGUCUCAAUCUUACAGUUUGGAUAUUCGCUGUGAUCGCAGGGAUGUUUCUUUAUAUUGCCUUAGCAGAAAUGGUAAGUGGAACUUACAGUUGUUUUCAACCCCCACUCUCUCUCUCCCUUCGAGUGGAGAUGUUCCCUCUCCUAUCAGGAACUUGGCAACGACGACGGCGACGGCAACGAGAACUUUCAAAAACCAAUAUGUCUGCACUAUACCGGAUAGUCAAGUUUCACCUGUCAAGAUGAAACCUUUCCGUCAUAGUAGGAACGUUCUGGCACAGAAACCUAUCUAAUGUGUGACGCACUGGGAAUCCAGAUCUUCAGAUAAGGGAGGGGCCCGGUCAUCCAGACCCUGAGAUAAGUGGGGAGGUGGGGGUGGGGGUGGGGGCUAGUCUCAAAAAAAAAUUUUGCGGCCCGUCAGGCCUCAAAUGGUCUAAAAAUACAGGGGGGCCCGGACCCCCAGGCCCCUCCCCCGGAUCCGCCACUGUGACGAUCAACUGUCCAGAUCGGCCCGGCGAAGAUUCUCCCUGUUACGGAAACAAACUGAUUUGUUGCGAGACAAUUCGAACAUUGGUAAAACGCGCAACAUCGCUUUUCAGCUAAUUAAUUGAUUGUCUACGUUUCCCUUUUAGAUUCCAGAGAUGUUCAUUUCUAUAGCAUCUAGAACAGAGAAGAAAAGAUGUUUUAUAUUACUCCAAAAUCUGGGUAUUAUCUUAGGAUUUUUGAUCAUGAUGUUAUUAGCAGCUUUUGAACACGAAAUAAGGAGCGCGUUACAAACGUUAGAAUAA